CACAGUAUCUCGAGAGUUUCAGGAACAACCUAUACAUAAGGAAUUGAAGCAGCAGCGUCUAUUUGUGUGGGGAUCGAAUUAAUGGCACAUUACCAGAAGCAUCAGUACGGGGAUGCAAGGUGGACGGAUGAGUAUGGGAAGCCGGUUAAUUAUUAUGAUAAGAGGAGCGGCACAACAGGAUACGGAGGCGCCGGGGUGACGGGGACUGAUCACCUGAGAGAGAGCUCGAGUUCGUCGGAGGAUGAGGUGGUGGACGAGAAUGGGGUGCGGAGAAAGAAGGGAAUGAAAGAGAAGAUAAAGGAGAAGAUACCGGGCGUGGGAGGCCACUCAGCCCAUGCCCACCAAACAUCCACCACCACUCCUGGUGGUGCUGGCUCCAGUGAGGAUCACCACCACAAGAAAGGUUUUAUGGACAAGGUCAAGGAAAAGCUUCAUGGUCACAACUAACUCCCUCGGUCGAUCGUCUCCUUUGUCUCUGUUUUUUUGUGGCUACUUAUAUUUGAGCUUUUGCCCUUCCUGUUUAUGCUGGACUUUACUUCAUGUAUACACUUUCAAUUCACUGAA